AUGAUUCAUGUUAUAAAUGAAGGAAGCAAGACAGAUUUGAAGGUUGAUUCUCGUGGCAGGUUCUUGUAUUUUUUUGUAUCCUAUGGAGCUUGGAUAAACGGAUUUGCUUAUACAAGAAAAGUCCUAGCUGUUGAUGGAACACAUUUGUUUGGAAAGUAUGACGGAGUGUUGUUGUCUGCUAUGGCGCUGGAUACCGAAAAUCACAUAUUCCCCUUGGCAUUUUGUGUAGUAAAUUCGGAGUGUGAUGCCUCGUAUCAGUACUUUUUUGAACAAUUGCUCGAGAUCGUCCCCAACACUAAUGAGUUGUGCAUAAUUUCUUAUAGACAUUCAUCUAUAAAGAAAGCAGUUUCAAAGAUUUAUACUGAAGCUCAUUAUGGAGCUUGCAUGAGGCACCUUGGUGAAAGCAUCCGCAAAAACUUUCACUAUGGAGAUUGGAUGCACCAUUUUUAUGAUGCAGCGAAAGCAUAUCAGAAGGACGAGUUUAAUGAUCAUUUUCAAAAAAUCAAAGAUUUGGAUAUGAGCGUCGCUAAAUAUCUUGAGGAUGUUGGUUUUCAUAGAUGGAGUAGAGCACACUUCCCUGGCAACAGGUAUGAUGUAAUGACCACCAACAUUGCUGAGUCAAUUAACUCAAUGUUCUUGGCGAAAAGAGAAUUGCCGAUUACUGCUCUAUUCAAUUCUAUAAAUAGGAGGUUUGCUCAAAAGUUUCACAAGAGCCAUAUGGUGUUGGCCAACACAUCAACAAUAUGUAUCCCUUUUGCUGAAAGAAAAAUAAGAGAAAAUGUGACGAUAGACAAUGCACUAUUGGCCCAUCAAAUAAGCUUCCACAAUUUUAGUAUCACUGGUCACGGUGCAGUGGCUAUGGUUGAUCUAAACAAUAGAACAUGUUUUUGUAGCGAGUUGGGAAAAUGA